CACCACACAGCGUCUACACAAUCUCUGGCCCAUACACUGCCACAGAUCAAACAGAUUCUGGAAACAGGCGACGACAGUCCAGCACUACAGACCCAGCUGGCAAAUGCAGGGGACGUUCUGGACAUGAACCAGUGCUACGGUGGCUUGUCGGACAGUUCCCACGGCGACGACGCGCACACAGUACUGAUGUGCGCUGCUAUUCACGGUCGAGAGUCCUGUGUGGAUAUGCUGCUGAAGUGGCCGAAGAUCAACGUCAAUGUCCAAAAUGCCAAAUCAAGAAGUACCGCACUGCACCUCGCAGCUGAAAAUGGACAUGCGGAAAUUUGCGCGUCCUUAUUACGGGGUGGUGCUCAGAGGCAAUUAAGAAAUACGGACGAUAAUACGGCUAUCAUGGUUGCUAAGCAACGCCGACACUCAUCUGUGGUAGAUGCUCUCGCGCAACAUCGGGCUUCGAGGUGAAAAUAAGAAAAUAAAACCCUGAAAGUUAUCAAGC